UUGACCAAAAAGCUUAAAUCUAACAUUUGAUUCACACGAGGUGGUUUGACCGAGUACACACAGUUUGACGAAAACACCGCCGGAGACACACAGGACGUGGAAGACAAUGGCCCAGGCAGCGGACUCCAUCCUGCACAGCGGCUACUUCCACCCCACUCUCAGAUACUGGCAGACGUGUGCGUCAGACCUCAGGCCUGACAAUCUCAUCUACCCCAUCUUCAUAACUGACAGUCCUGAUGCAGUGGAACCGAUUGCAAGCCUGCCAGGUCAAGCAAGAUAUGGGAUCAAUAAGCUAGAAGGUAUGCUGCGCCCUCUUGUGGAAAAAGGCUUGAAAUGCGUGCUGAUUUUUGGAGUUCCUGCUAAAAUCGCGAAGGAUGAGCGAGGCUCUGGGGCUGACACUGACGACACUCCUGCUGUUCAAGCUGUGAAGAAACUGCGAGCUCUGUUUCCUGAUCUAGUGCUGGCUUGUGAUGUGUGUCUCUGUCCGUACACAUCACACGGUCACUGUGGGAUCCUGCGUGACGACGGCACCCUGGACAACGCAGCUAGUUGUCUGAGAUUGGCAGAGGUGGCGCUGGCAUACGCACGUGCUGGUUGUCACAUUAUCGCUCCGUCUGACAUGAUGGAUGGACGGAUUGCAGCCAUUAAGCAAGCGCUCAUUUCUAACAGUCUCGGGAACAAGGUUUCAGUAAUGAGCUACAGUGCCAAGUUUGCAUCCUGUUAUUAUGGGCCUUUUAGAGAUGCCGCUCAGUCCAAGCCAGCUUUCGGAGACAGGAGGUGCUACCAGCUUCCCCCCGGUGCCCGAGGACUUGCUCUGCGAGCUUGUGAGCGAGAUGUAAAAGAGGGAGCCGAUAUGCUGAUGGUGAAACCAGGACUGCCUUAUCUCGAUAUCAUCAGGGAGGUUAAGGAUAAGCACCCGACACACCCUCUGGCGGUGUACAACGUGUCCGGAGAGUUUGCAAUGCUGUGGCACGGAGCGCAGGCCGGAGCCUUUGACCUGCGUACAGCCGUGCUGGAAUCCAUGACCGCUUUCCGUCGGGCAGGAGCAGACAUCAUCAUCACAUACUACACCCCCCAGCUGCUCACGUGGCUUACGGAGUGAUGUCCAGCUCCGCUCACAUGGAUGGCUUCUGAUUUAUUCCAAAGUGCAUUAAGAGUUAAUGAUAACUGAGGAUUUGCUGGAAUCUUGUAAUUGACACUAUGAUUUUUAUAUUCUAGUCCAAUGUUAAUCAUGUGUAUAAUUAUUAAACCAUGUUGCUUAAAAAAUAAAUAUAGCAAACUAACACAUCGUCCUAAGAACAGAUAGUUAACCUCAUAUUGAUUAUGUUGAAAUAUCAAUCUUUUUCUUUUUUUUUUUAUGAGUACCAGCUUUCCAAAAUUAUACAAAUUAUAUUGAAACAUGUAAUUAUGGGUCUGAUUGCUUUUGUGUCAGUUCUAAACAUGAUUUUGAUCUAUAACAUGAUGAAAUAGAAUGAGAAAUUCAUAAAUACCCAGGAGGUCGAUCAGAGAGUAACUGAGUUUCGAUGGAAUAAUGAAUAUACACUCAGUAGCACUUUUGUCACGGAUGGAUCCUUAAAACAUUUAUGCAAUAAAUGUACUGUUGCUAUGCAGAA